AUGGAGAAGCAGAAAAGUGAGAAGGAGGGGUGUGUGAAUGUGAUGCUGUUACAAAGAAGUGUGAAGAAGCUUCACUUUGGAAGCUGGGAAGAGAAAGAGGUGGCAGCCAAGGAGAUUGAAAGCUUGGCUAAAGAAGAUGAGAAGGUGAGAGAGUUGGCAAGUGAGCUUGGGGUGGUCAGGGUGUUGGUUUCUAUGGUGGCUUCCAACGUCGCUGGCCGCCGCCGAGUAGGACUCAAGGCACUGAUCCAGCUAUCCAAUGGAAGUCACAAGAACAAGGCUUUGAUAGUAGAGGCAGGAAUGUUGUGCAAACUGCCCAAGAAAAAUUACCUUGAAGAUGAAUCAAUAAGUGAAUUUGCAGACUUGCUCGCUUCAUUGUCUUCUCUUGGAAACCUCCAAUUUCCUCAUUCUUCAUUACACUUUCUCCAAUUUCUCAUUGACAUUCUAAAGUCAUGUCCAAGUUUUGAUACAAAGCAAUCGUGUUUGGUAGCCAUGUCCAACAUCUCAGCUUUGUUAGAGAAUGCAAGGCCUUUGGUUUCUAAAGGUGUUGUACCUAUUAUCUUGAAACUGUCCUCAGAGAGAGGAACUUCAGAGAAAGCACUUACCAUCCUUGGAAACUUGGGGGUGACUUCAAUCGGAAAGAAAGCAUUGGAGAACAGCUCAAUGGUGCCAAAAUGCUUCAUUGAGAUCUUAUCUUGGGAAGAUAAACCCAAAUGCCAAGAGUUGUCAGCUUAUAUUCUGAUUAUUCUAGCUCAUAAAAACUUAACACAGAGGGAUAAAAUGGUAGAGUCAGGGAUUAUCCCUGUACUUCUUGAAGUAGCUUUAUUAGGAGGGAGUUUUUUAGCUCAGAAAAGAGCACUGAAAUUAUUGCAAUGGUUUAAGGAUGAACGCCAAGUACAGAUGGGGCCACAUUCAGGCCCACAGGCUUCAGGUGUUGCAAAUGAAUUACCUAUAAAUCGAAGAGACACAAAAGAAGGGAAGAGAAUGAUGAAGAGUUUAGUGAAAGAAAGUCUGCGUAGGAACAUGGAAAUAAUAUCUAAAAGAGCUAAUGCAGGUAGGGAUUCUUCUAAUGAGCUGAAGUCCCUGGUUACCAGCACAAGCUCCAGAAGUUUGCCCAACUAA